GACGCCGAGGUGUGCGAACGUGUGACGCUCUUUCGAUAUUUGAAACUUUUUACGUAUACGCGUGGUCUGUGAUAGUUAGUGAUAUUUGUAUCGUCAUUUUGUGAUCGUUUUCUUUAAUUAUAAUCUGUGAUAGUUAAAUUUAAGUGAUGUUUUGUUUGUUUAGUGCCAGUGAGUGCGUGAAACCCGAUACGUGUGACGAUGAGAAGGUAGAAAAAGAAAUGCACAGUUGCGAUCCAGUGCCGGUGGCGCCACCGGCGUCUGGGCCCAAUCUCCUCCUGCAGCUGGGCCGGCUCAUAGUCCGGUCUCGAAGCACCAGCCCUGCAACUCGCGCCCCGCCACACGACCGACUGAUCCACGCCAAACUUCUGGCUACUAACCCUUCAACUAGUACACAGUCGACACAGGUCCAGACUCAACCGAAACCAGCAGAGACCGAGGAGCCGAAGCCAGCACAUGAAGCUAAGCUCAACACUCGCGUACAAGCGCUCUGGGAUGAGCAGAUACCUGUUUGUAUUGAGGUGUUGCUAGCUCCGGACUGCCAGGAAUGUUACUCCUCGCUGUGCCGCGACGGCGACUCGUUCGAGAAGCACGCGCACCGCGCACUGCUGCUCGAGAGGUGGACCAUGAGCGCCUGUGUCAAGAAGGGGGACCACAGCCCAGCGUUCAGUACGUCGCAGUGGCUGCUGAACGCCGUGAGGUCACAGCUUCACUUCUCGCAGCUGUCAGCCUGGCUCGCUAGACUCAAGAACACGGAUGAAAGUCCCACCGAACGCAGACGCAAGUUAAGCCGCGAGUCCUGCAAUUACAAGAAGAUCGAAGCGAACUGUGACGACGACCAAUCCGAUCGCAAACUGAACGUCGUUUACUCCAUACACAUAUCUCGAGACAGCUAUAAAAAGUCCGACUUCGUCCGACCUCCUAACGACCAUAAAUUCCCAGUCACCGACAUUGGCAAUAACAUGUACCUCAACAUUAUACUGGAGAGUCUACCCAGACUCGAUGAUAUUCCACACAUCAAAUGCACCUGCCCAAAACGGAAAACUAGCAAAGACACCCCGCCCAAUAUACAUGACGAAAUUGUCGGCAAACUCAAUGAUCUCACAAUAGGUAAUAAGUUCGAUAACGCAGACGUCGUCGACGACAGAAUGCUCACGCCGUGCAGCGAAAACGGGAAACACAAAUGUAACUGCGACGAGGAAUCAGAUGGAAACCGACCUAAGAAACUCGAUGACAAACGGCUCAAGGAAAUCGCUAAAUACAAGAGACGAAUCCGAAAAGAAUGUAAGAUAAAGAAGUUACACGAUAGCACGUCGUCGGAAGGGGAUGGGCUGCAGAGAGCAAAGGAGACCCACACUUCCAUACCCAUCCUCCAAGCUUCGAGGUUCGACAGGUUCAGGGCCAUCGGGUGCUACAGAAACCAAACCUACCUAACACUGCCAGCCACCAGGAUCGAGACCAAGUCACCGUUCAUCGACACUGAUGUACCACCACCAGCUGAGUUCAGAAAAACCAACACGGUAUCAACACAAACCGAGGAACUGUCCUGCCAAUGUGGGAACGUUCUGCAGAUGACGUGCGACUCGUGUAGCGACCGGGGCAUGGUCCGGUCCGAGGGGAACUACAACCUGGCGUCCGUCGACAACCCACAGAGUGUGCAAGAAGAUGAAAAGAAGAUAAAGAAGCAUAAAUGUGAUACAUAUUGUGAUAGUAAUCAUAGUAUUAGUGAUAAUAGUGACAUUAUAAAGAGACCUAAGCUGCGGAGGUUUUUCCCGAUUGUGGACAAAAUCGAGAAGAUUGUGACGGAUCGGUUCGCGCAGAGGGACAAUGAUAUACAGGAGCUGCAGCUGGAGAAGGAGGACACGGUGUUCUCUCGUCCGAGGGAGUCGAAGAGACAGAAGACUUAUUCCAUAAGCAAUGACGACUACGUGUUUUACGAAAAAUGUGACUACGGGACGUUUGACCGAGUGGAGAAUAUUGAGGAGUCGCCGAAGGAGGAGUCUCCCCCGGAGGUGACUGACAAGGGAUUCAAGUUCCCCGAUCCGAAGAAACAGGAUAAUCAAGUGCCGUCCCCGACUGAGAUGGAUAGGUUUCGGUGGCGGUUUGAUUCUGCGGCUUCUAUGGUGUUUCAUACAAAGACUGGUCUGCCGUUGACCUCCAGUCCGGCGCCGCUACGGAGGGGGAACAACUGCUUUGAUUUUGAUGAUUCGAUUAAUGGCAUUUCUGGAAUUAAGAGCGCUCUGUUCCACCCCCCACCGGCUAUGCCGGUGUCCCCCGCGGCGGUGUCCCCCGUCAGCGCCGCGCCGCCUCCCCCACCAGCGCCGGCCCAGACCAAGAUUAAGAUGCGACCCAGUACUGGAUUACUUGGUAGUUUCGAAGAAUCAGCUCUGAAGGGUCGUCUGGAGCCAGUGGCGACGGUGCACGGGUUCACGGCGGAGCUGGGCGCGUACGGGUCGUUCUGUCCCCCACACAAACGUCUGCCCGUCACUGUCUUCUUCUACGCGCCGGGGGGAACUAAUGCACCAUAUAUGGGCCACAUCGCGCUGGGCGCGCGCGGGUACCGCGUGGCGCGCGCGGGCACGGUGCAGGUGUCGCUGUUCAACCCGCACGGCACGCUGGUGAAGAUGUUCGUGGUGCUGUACGACCUGUCGGCCAUGCCGCCCGCCGCGCGCACCUUCCUGCGCCAGCGCACGCUCUACAUGCCGGCCGCCGCCGCGCUGCCGCCGCCCGCCGCGCACAAGUGGCUGCGCUACCUCAUACAUCUCAGAUUCAUGACAUCGAAAUCCGGUAAAUUGUACCUGCACACGGACAUACGUAUAAUUGUAUCUAGGAAAGCCGAUCUCGAUACGGCGACAGCCCAUUCCGCCUUAUUCCGACCUCUGCCGACUAAUUCCGAGCCGACUUCGUCCGAAACCGACCCGACUUCUUCUGACCGAAAACCGAAUCGGGUUUUCGGAGGUUGUUCGGACUUUGACGACUAUGAAAACCAAAAUGGUGUUUCGUAUGAACUUAGGAGUUUCACCUAUGCGCCGGACAAUCCGAAAUAUUCACCCCGAUAAUUCGGACGAUUUCGGUAUUUUCGGAUAUUUCCGUGAUUCUAGUAGUUUGGUGGUUGUCGGUAUUUUUGUUUUAGUGCCUGUAUGUAAUGAUUGUUUAACUGUAUGUAUUAAUGAGAAAAUAUAUUUUUGGUUUUUAUAAUAAC